AACGCUGUCUAUAAAGGGCUCUUUGGAGGGGGCUUUCAAAUCGGGCCUUCAUCAGAUCAAAGGCCUCAGAUCUGGGAUGAAUAUUUGUCCUCGGUGGAUAUGUUUCAAGAUAAUCAAGCAUGGUCAGAGAACCCACCAUUGGGUGAAGCACAGCAGCAAGAGCCCCAUGUUCUCGCCGAUUCCCGACCGAGCCGUCCGUGAACCUGUCGAUACCGCCAUAUGAUGUCAAAAGAAGAGCCCUCAUAACAAACCGAGAGGGGGCAGGGUGGAAAGCGGGAAGAUGAAGAUAAAGAAAGAUGGAGGGGAUAAAGAAAGAUGGAGGGGAGGACCAGCGCCAACUAAACCCAGUUGUGCUUAAAGAUGGCGGCCGGCGAUGCCGCAGACUGCGUAACACCAGACCCGAUCCGUUGAGGAAAGUCUACGCUGAAGAACGGCCAAAAAGUUGUUCUUGCGCACACUGAGAUUCGAAUGGACACAGUCCACAACCUGGAAUGGACCGACUUUUUGUGGACAAUCACCUUGGAUUCUCUGAAAAAGAGGAGGAUGCAGUUUUUACUGGAACUUGAUACAGUCAAUGGUACUGAAAUGGAAUCUUCUGUCAGUGGAGGGAGAGUUGGGGGAAGCCAAAAAACGCGAGACAGAAACGUACGAUUUCCUCAGGAGGAAUUCUUUUGCAGUGGCAUUAAUAGAAGUCUGGAUAUAAACUUUCUGCCUUGUGGGCUGUACUGGGACAGGGUGCAGGGACAUUGUGAGCAUGAGCGUAAACGAUACGGGCUGCUAUCUGCCAGACGUGGGCGGCAGCUUCACUGAGGAUGCCCCCAGACCCCCGGUCCCCGGGGAGGAGGGCGACCUGGUGUCCAGCGAUGGACGGCAAUACAGCCACAGCUUUUACUCGUCUAAGAGCGAGAGCCUCAAGAACGAGACCUCCAUAGCUACGCCCAGAAGACCCGAUCUGGACCUGGGCUACGAGCCCGAGGGUAGCGCUUCCCCGACGCCGCCCUACCUGAAGUGGGCCGAGUCCUUGCACUCGCUUUUAGACGACCAAGAUGGCAUCCACUUGUUCAGGACUUUCCUCAAACAGGAGGAGUGCGCCGACAUGCUGGACUUUUGGUUUGCCUGCAGCGGCUUCCGCAAGCAGGAGGCCAACGAAGGCAACGAGAAGAUGCUGAAGCUCGCCAAAGCCAUUUACAAAAAGUAUAUCUUGGAUAACAAUGGAAUUGUGUCCCGGCAGAUCAAACCGGCCACCAAGAGCUUCAUCAAGGACUGCGUAAUGAAGCUCCACAUCGAUCCCGCUAUGUUCGACCAGGCGCAAACCGAAAUUCAGACAAUGAUGGAAGAAAACACCUACCCUUUGUUUUUAAAGUCCGACAUUUACUUGGAAUACACCCGGACAGGCGGAGAAAGUCCCAAACUGUUCAGCGACCAGAGCUCGGUGUCAGGCAACGGCAAAGCUCUACCGGGCUACCUGCCGACUCUGAACGAAGACGAGGAAUGGCGCUGUGACCAGGAACAGGAGCAGAACCACGAAAGCGACCCCACUCCCAGCAACAGGCUGACCCAGAAGCUGCUCAUGGAAACCGUGCCUCAGCGGGUGGCCAGCAGUAAGAGAUAUCAGGACAACCGUGAGUACAGACACGCGUCAUGGAGGGAGCCCAUCAACCCGUACUACGUGAACACCGGCUACGCGCUGGCUCCCGCCACCAGUGCCAACGACAGCGAGCAGCAGAGCAUGUCCAGCGAUGCAGACACUCUCUCCCUGACCGACAGCAGUGUAGAUGGAGUCCCACCUUAUAGAUACCGUAAGCCGCAUCGACAUGAGAUACACGAAAGUGCCAAAGUUAAUGGGCGAGUGCCACUACCUCAUAUUCCUCGCACAAACCGGAUGCCAAAGGAUAUUCACGUUGAGCCGGAGAAGUUUGCGGCAGAGCUCAUCAGCAGGCUGGAGGGAGUGCUGAGGGAACGUGAGGCGCAAGAAAAACUGGAGGAGCGGCUCAAGAGAGUUCGACUGGAAGAGGAAGGUGACGAUGCAGACAUCUCAACUGCUCCCUCCCUGGCCAAUCACAGGAUUCCUCCCGCAGUCCACGUGCAGCAUUAUGGCGGGCGCUACUCUGAAAUGAGUUACAACGGUCUGCAGCUCCGGGACGCACACGAGGAGAACCCAGAGAGCAUCCUGGACGAGCAUGUGCAGCGUGUCAUGAAAACCCCCGGCUGUCAGUCUCCGGGCACGGGCCGCCACUCUCCAAAGUCCCGCUCCCCUGACGGGCUUCCCGCGAACAAGAUCCCCGGGAUGAUGAUGCCACUGUCCGGUGGCCAAGGCAAGCACCAGGCUCGGCUGGGCCCAAAGGGUGAAGCGGCGCACUAUCACAAACACAUUCACCACACACACUAUCCCGCGGGGGGGAAACCAAAAGAACAGGUGGAGGCCGAAGCCAUAAGGGUGCACGGAGGAUUCGCCUGGAACAUGGAAGUGCAACACCACUUUGGAUCCAAGUCACGCAACUUUGCAGAUGGGAUGAGUGUCGGCCCCAGUGCCAUGGACCCCAUGGGUUACGGCAGUAAAGGAAGCACACUGUCAAAGCGUCCAGUCAGAAAAGGGGAUGAUGGUCGAAACUUUGAGAUGCGAGAGCCUUUGCCCCCUGAUGAUAUGGAGAGGAACCAGAAGAUAUUGCAGUGGAUGAUGGAGGGCGAGAAGGAAGCUGGACGCUAUAAGAGGAGCCCUUACGGAAGCAUCUCUGGCUCCAAGAAGGCUCAGAGUCACGAGGUGUCAAGGCCCAGCUCUGUGGAGCGGCCGGGGGCUGUGCACCCUUGGGUUACCGCUCAGCUCCGAAACAACGUGCAGCCCUCACAUCCCUUCAUCCAGGAUCCAACCAUGCCCCCCAACCCAGCCCCCAACCCUCUCACCCAGUUGGAAGAGGCGCGCAGGCGGCUUGAGGAAGAGAGGAGGAAGUCUGGAACGCUGCAGGCUAAGCAGAGGCAUAAGAAUAUGAAGAAGCAGCCCUGUGAGAACAUCACGGUGGCCUAUUACUUCUGUGGAGAGCCCAUCCCGUACAGGACGUCUGUCAAAGGAAGGAUCGUCACAUUGGGACAGUUCAAAGAGCUGCUUACUAAGAAAGGGAGCUACAGGUAUUAUUUCAAGAAAGUGAGCGAUGAGUUUGACUGCGGAGUGGUGUUCGAGGAGGUACGCGAAGAUGAUGCCAUCCUGCCCAUCUUCGAGGAGAAGAUCAUCGGAAAAGUCGAGAAGAUCGACUGAUUGCCCGGGAGGGAGGGAGGGAGGCGGGAAGAGAGGGACUGGGGCUGCAGAGGUGCAGCAGGAUAUGGAGAACGAAAAGCAAGCGGAGAGCAGGUGCUGAGAUUGGUACAGCGAACGUGGAUGUGCAGGAGAGCGAGAGGUGCAGAGCAGGAAAGUACACUAUUUACUCCGAGGCGUCUACCUCCGCACAACGGCUUUUAAAGUCACACAGCUGCUCAGUGAUCAAGAUCACUUCGCAUUGAGCACGGAGAGCCCUUGGACUCACAGAGACGAAAGCGUGAGGCGGCAUUCUCUCACUUUUGCUAUAUUUCUAACUCUGAAAAAUGUAAUGUAGCAAUGUAAAGUUAGCUUAGAAAAAAGUACUAUGAAUAUGUUUACUAAAGCUGCAUAUUUUUGAUAUGACGUAUCAGAAGGAACAUAUCCUUUCUAAUUUAACAACUCUUGUAAUUUUAUAUGUACUGGUACCAGAUGUGUACAGACUGUCUGUUUAAAAGGAAAAAGAGAAAGUUUUAUAUCUAUUUAAAUAUUUAAAAAAAAGGAAAAACGAAAAAAAAAAAAAGAGGAAUCGGUUCACCCAUAUCAAAGCUGCGGCAUCAACUUGACCCAAGAUGGUGGGCUUUCACAAAGGUGUGGUUAUGGAGAAAUCAUAACCCACGCUUUACCAAGUGCUUUUAACUCAUAAAACUGAUUUGCUAAUUACAGAGAGGGAGGAGUCAGUCGACGCCGCACUUUUCACUGCGUUAUGCAUUGAUGUCAAUGGAGUACCGCUUUGAGCGGAUGUCCUAUACGACGAUGCCUUCACAUUGCUCUCCUUCCUUCGUUGAUGUCACGACAUGCAUGAUAAUUCCUCCCCUCUUCACGCACAGCACGAUUUAAAAAGAACACUCCAAUAGGUUAUUUUCCAACUUAAACAGUCCAGUUUUGUUGUUUUCGAAUCGGUUCAGUCAGUCUCCGGGUCUGGCGAUAGCGUUUUUAGCUGUAUCUUAGCAUAGAUCAUUGAAUCCGAUUUAGACCGUUGGCAUGUUCCUCAAAAAUUGCCAAAGUUUAAAAAUGUAUCCUAUUUAAAAUUUGACUCUUCUGCAGUUGCGUCGUGCUAAGACCGAUGGGGGGAAAAAGUUAUUUUUCUAAGCUGAUGUGGCUAGGAACUAUACUGCGUAAUAAUCAAGAAUAUAAAUAAUCUUUGUUGCCCUACCACGGCUGUAGCAGGUGCAGUGAUAUUACACAGUGCCUGAAUAUAGUCCCAAGCUAGGAAAAAUAUCUUUAAAACUCUUUGGUCAUUUUUGAGUGAGACGCUAACGGUCUAAUCAGAUUCCAUUAUCUAUGCUAAGCUACAGCUAAAACUGCUACCACCAGACCCAGAGAUCAAAAAAAGAAAGGUAAAACUCGAUUGUUUAACUCUAGUUAAGUUGGCAAAUGAACCUAUUUUUAAAAAUAGUUUUGUUCCUUUUAAGAGCAAAGGAUAUAGUGCUGUCAAACAAUGAAUUGCUUCUAAAAUAAAAUUGUUUACGUACGUAUGUGUACUGUAUAUUUAUUGUGUGUAUA